UUUCGCCCUAUAAGUCUAUAACUUUCACUCUCUCAAGCUCUCUGCAUUCAUUUCUUUGCCCCAACGAAACCACAGAAAUGGGACUCCAUAGCCUUAUCUCUCUCACAACCACCAUUCUCUUCCUUUCUCUACUCCUUGUCCAUACCGGCUCAGCUCAGCCUCCAUUUUCCUGUGACUCUUCCAACCCAUCAACCGGAUCCUACCCUUUCUGCAAAACCUCACUACCCAUCGGUAAAAGAGCACAAGACCUCGUCUCUCGCCUCACAUUGGAUGAAAAAAUCUCUCAGCUCGUUAACACAGCCCCUCCGAUCCCCAGACUCGGUAUCCCCGGGUUCGAGUGGUGGUCGGAGGCUUUACACGGCGUUGCCAACGCUGGCCCUGGAAUCCAUUUCAAUGGAACUAUCAAGGCAGCCACUAGCUUCCCUCAAGUCAUUCUCACCGCUGCUUCCUUCGAUACCAGUCUUUGGCAUCGUAUAGGCCAAGCUAUUGGAACUGAAGCUAGAGCAGUGUACAAUGCUGGGCAAGCAAAUGGCUUGACGUUUUGGGCUCCAAACAUCAAUGUAUUUAGGGACCCAAGAUGGGGGAGAGGGCAAGAGACACCUGGAGAGGAUCCAUUGGUUGCAGGGAAAUAUGCAGUGGCCUAUGUGAGAGGUGUUCAAGGAGACUCUGAUCGGCAUCUUCAAGCUUCGGCUUGUUGCAAGCAUUUUACAGCUUAUGAUUUGGACGAUUGGAAUGGUGUGGACAGGUUUCAUUUUGAUGCUCGUGUUUCAUUGCAAGAUUUAGCAGACACCUACCAACCUCCUUUCAAGAGUUGUGUAGAGCAGGGGAAAGCUAGUGGAAUAAUGUGUGCCUAUAACCGAGUCAAUGGGGUCCCAGCCUGUGCCGACUUCAAUCUCUUGUCCUUGACUGCUAGAGGAAAAUGGGGUUUCAAUGGCUACAUAGUGUCAGAUUGUGAUGCGGUCAAAAUCAUGUUCGAUAGUCAUGGAUAUACCAAAACACCAGAAGAUGCUGUUGUUGAUGUCUUGAAAGCUGGCAUGGAUCUCAAUUGUGGAUCAUACUUGAAAGAACAUACAAAGCAAGCAGUAGAGCAAAAAAAAUUACCUGUGUCUGAAAUAGACAGAGCCCUUCGUAACAUUUUCUCCAUUAGAUUGAGAUUAGGACUGUUUGAUGGUAAUCCAGCUAAACUGCCUUAUGGCAACAUUGGUCCAGACCAAGUGUGUUCCAAAAAGCACCAAGAUCUGGCUCUUGAAGCAGCUCAAAAUGGCAUUGUCUUGUUAAAGAACCCUGAUAGAUUACUCCCAUUGCCAAAAUCAAAAACCUUGUCCCUUGCUGUAAUAGGCCCCAAUGCCAAUGCACCACAAACACUUCUAGGUAACUAUGCAGGCGUUCCAUGCAAAUCUAUUAGCCCACUUCAAGCAUUGCAGAGCUAUGUUAAGAACACGAUCUACCAUCCGGGUUGUGAUAAUGUGGAAUGUGCUUCGGCUACAAUUGAUGAAGCAGUCAAGAUAGCAAAGGAGGUGGACUAUGUGGUUUUGAUUAUGGGACUGGACCAAACUCAAGAGAGGGAAUCGCAUGAUCGAGUGCACUUAGAGCUUCCUGGGAAGCAACAGGAACUCUUAACCAAUGUUGCAAGAGUAGCUAAGAAACCAGUUGUUUUGGUUCUCCUUUCUGGAGGUCCAAUUGAUAUAUCUUCAGCCAAGGAUGACAGAACCAUUGGUAGCAUCUUGUGGGCUGGUUAUCCUGGUGAAGCAGGAGGAAUUGCCCUUGCAAGUAUUAUCUUUGGCGAACACAAUCCAGGUGGAAGAUUGCCUGUGACUUGGUAUCCACAAGAUUACGUCAAAGUACCAAUGACAGACAUGAGGAUGAGGUCAGACCCCUCAUCAGGCUAUCCUGGGCGUUCAUAUCGUUUCUACAAAGGCAAAACAGUUUUUGAGUUCGGUUAUGGACUCAGCUACUCAAAGUAUGCUUAUGAAGUCUCAUCUAUCACAAAAAGUGUGCUCCACUUAAAUCAAUCAUCAACUGUAGCCGAUUACAAGUUAGUUUCAGAGCUGGGUCAGGAUAUAUGUGACAAGAAGAAAUUCUCAGUCAAGGUUGGUGUAAAAAAUCAAGGGGAGAUGGCGGGUAAGCAUACGGUAUUUCUAUUUUUGAGAAAGGCAAAGCCUAGCAAUGGGAGUCCAAUCAAACAGUUGCUUGGGUUCCAUAGGAUUUUUUUGAAGGCAGGGGAAAGAGCUGAAGUUGAAUUUGAGUUGAGCCCUUGCGACCACCUUAGUAGAGCCAACGAAGCUGGUUUGAUGGUGAUGGAACCAGGAUUGCAUUUCUUGGUUGUAGGUGAUGAAGAAUACCCACUUACCACCAUAGUUUGAAAUUGAGGAUUUAAGUUCCAAAAGUCUGGGUUCAUAUGGUUUAUGAACCCAGUUAUUGCUUGAAGCUGAACCUCAAAUAUUCAAGCUGAAUGAAAUACUCAUUUAGCAAUAAAAGCAAUUCAACUAUUCCAAAAAUAUGUUUUAUGUAGCAUUUAGUGUUCGUGCCUAUCAUCUAUGUAAUCAGCUGAAAACUGUAUCGAAAUGGUGUACAUCAUUCUGUUGUAAACAGGAAUUUUCAGUCAUCA